UCGACCCGAGACUAUUUGCUCUUCCUUUCAACUCUUUUCUCUGGCGCACUCGCGAGUUUUGAUUCGCAACCGUUGUGAGGAUAAUGUGAGUCUACUUUCUGUUUAUAUCUGUGUUAUGUCGUGUACUGCUCGAUUGUGCGAUAUGGACUGAAGUGGACACUGCUCCCGAAAGAUACGAAACCGGUAUCUGUCUUGAUAAUCGCACUCUCUGCUUUACUACCCUCUGCCCAAUUCAGCUCGCUAACAACGCACUCUUCUUUCCUCCUCCAGAAAGAUGGCUCAAACCGCAGCAAACCGCUCGUUCAUUGCCGUGAUUGGCGACGAGGACACCGUCACCGGACUGCUUCUGGCCGGCACCGGCCACCUGACGGAGGAUAAGAAGAAGAACUUUUUGGUCGUCGAUAACAAGUCAUCGGUUGACGAUAUCGAGGCUGCGUUUGACGAUUUCACUGCUACGAGAAAGGACAUUGCUGUUUUACUUAUCAACCAGCACAUUGCGGAAAAGAUAAGAUACAAGCUGGAUGCGUACACGAAUGCUUUCCCUGCUGUUCUUGAGAUUCCCUCCAAGGACCAUCCUUACGACCCCGAGAAGGACAGUGUCCUCAGACGCGUGCGGAGAUUGUUUGGCGAAUAAGCAACAGCUUAGAUCUAAUGCGGGUGGUUGUUUUAGGUGGAGGAUUGCUCACGCCGGCUUGUUCGUGCUCUCUGAGAUAUCAUAUACGAAGGGAGGAUAUCAGUGGUGGUGCUUGUAAAAAGGCAACUGUAUCAUAAAUAUGUUUAGGCCACUACCACUAUCUGCUGUGAGCAUGGUAAUAGUAUAAUUGAUCAUCUAUUUAAUCUUAGCUAGUAGUUAG